ACUCUCGCGCAGCUCGGUGUAGUUUUUGAUCAAUCCAUUCGAAUCAUCUAACAAACAUGGAGGCAAGGUUAUUUCGUCGGAUCGGCACCGUUUACGUUGUGAUUUGUUCCUUGGUCCUGGCCAUUGUAGCCAUCGGAUACUUCCGAAAGCUGACGGCCCGCUACGAGGAAAUCUGCGUCGAUUCCUGCGAACAUGGCCUUGUCAAUUUAGUGCUUCUUUCGAUAUGCACGAUCGUUUGCGUUCUAUCUACGUUUGUUGUUGUUUUCGUUCAAGUCGGAAUCCGUGACAAAGCACCGGGCUACAUUACCUUCAACAAGAUAUUUAUGCUGGUACGCAACUGCGUUCUUUCGGUGAGGUGGAUUUACGAAAUCAUCGAAUUAACAAUCUACCACAUUCACGGAGACGCCCAGGCAGACACAGGCAAUCAAGUGGCUACUUAUUCGGUGCUCAUUGUUGUUAUUAUUGCGGUCAUCACACCCUUAGAGCUGUACAUACUGAACGGUAUCGAGCGUAACACCAAACAAAGGCUUCGUGAUUCUGAGGACAUCAAGAAGGGUUUUACAAACGGUGGAGGCGUGGAGCUACAGCCAAUGACUGUCAAAAGCUAGGACAGGAAGUCCUGAGUAAUUUUACUGACAACUAAAAUCUAGCUAAGCUCUCUUAAUGGUCGCACAGUACCGAAUCGGUUCUAGUCUAGUCGCAUGUAUUGAAUAAUCUGUGUUAUCGUGCUGAGAUGGAACACUUUUUCAAUGUUCAACUACUCUCUAAGUUAAUUAUGUUCCAACAGAUGGAACCCUAUAUUAAAUUAAUCAUUUUGCGAUGGGAUCUUGAUUCCCAAGAAGAUUUUUUAAAUAAUUCUUCAAAUGAUGGACCGUAUCAUGCUAAUGCUAAGGUAUUAUAAUCAUUGUUAAAAGACGUCAACUACUUAAAAAGCAUUUUAUCUACCUACCAAGUACGACUCAGUGAUACAUCUCUGAAACAGAACACUACCAAAAUAAUCGAUUCAAGUCAAGGUAAACUGAAAUUUUCCUUUUUCUGAUAUCGUGACAUGUUAAGUAUGAA